AUGCCCCCAGCAAAGAGACAGAGGAAGAGCACCGCGAAAACCACGCAGGCGGCGGCCCCAAAGGCCGUGGAGGCGGUCACAGAGGAAGGGUCCGAGUUUGCGCGAGUCGCGAAGCAACACUGGCUGAAGGCCUCCAAGAGGACUACGAAAGUGAAGGUCAAGAACGAUGUUUUGAAGCAGGAUAUAUGGGAUCCUCUGGAGAAAGAGAAGUUCCCAUCGGCAGCACUCGUGGAGCUGGAGAGUUUACAGGUCUUGGAAAGUUAUCUCUGGCCCGGAUAUAGCGAAGCGUCCUCGAACCAUCACGUCCUCCUUAUUGUGCUGAUCACCAAUGCGAAACGACGGGAGCACCUACAGACAUGGGGCAUCUUCGAAGAACGUCCGGACGAUUUCUCGGCCUUGUUCCGGCGCAUACUCUCCAUGAGCCUGGAUCGCUCGCUAUCAGUCGUUGUCCGAACUCACAUUCUAUCCUUCGUGAUUCACGCCUUCCAGAGCUUGGACUAUGCGAUCGUGCGAAAGGAGUGUGCACCUCUGGUAUCGAUAUCCAUGUGGCACAAUUUGUCGACGGAGAAGAAAAGGGAUGAGAAAUUGACCGAGCAUAACCAAUUGCGCAAAGCUUGGAGGGCGUCGGCGAAGAGAUAUGACUCCGCGGACGAGCCAACCAAGGCUCGGUUACGUUUCGACAGGUCUUGGUUAUACACCCUUGCCCUCGACUUCUUAGGCCUUCUCUACUCCGAGCACGUCUCAAAAGAUGACGUUGUGUACUGUGAGCGAUUCGCCGAAUUUCUCUCCGAUCUCCAGAGCCAACUGCCGACCCGGCGGUACGUCAAUUACCUGCUGCAAGACCUGCACAUCCUUCCAGCGGCCGCCUUGUCGCCUACCUUCAACGACGAGGAGAAUGGGCUCCUACGUGAUCUCAUUGCCCUACUCUCUCAUUACACACAUUUCACAAUCGACGACCAGACAGGGGCUCAGCAAGGCAAGACUCAGGCGUAUGAACGGCAUUGCGCAAGACUUGCAAAAUUGCAGAGGACUGCCCUGAAACAUUUCAAAGAAAAGUUGACUGUUCUUGCCCUCUCGAACUAUGCUGCGAUUGACGACAGGAGAGAGCUCGAAAAUCUCCUUGCGCCCCUCACCGAUGAGGAAUUACUUCAACUGUCAGCCCUGCUCGAUCUGCGGACGGCUUACCCAGAAUCAACGGGGUUGACUGUCGAUCGCAAAUUCUUGCUUGAAGUGUUGUCUUCUACCUUUGAGAGGCGGAAAACGUUCCAGGAAAUCGUCCGGGAUAUGAGUCUCUUGCCGACCGAAGACACCUUGUUCGAACAGAGCCUGCUUAGGACUGACUCCUACGAUGGAUCACACCCAUUAGCGAUACCAAAGCUCAACUUGCAGUACUUGUCUGUGGGGGACUUUCUUUGGAGGUCAUUCGUUCUCUACAGGUGUGAGUCGUUCUAUGGCAUACGGCGAGACAUUGAAGAUGUCCUGCGGAGGCUGAAGCCGGAGACUGGGAGGACCGGCGAGGUAGCAUUCCCGGGAUUCUCCAAGAUGGCUCUUUCGAUUUCGAAACCGUCGAUUCUAGAAGUCAUGCCCGCACUGGUGGGCGACGAUAAGCCUGCCAUGGUGCGUGCGGAAAUAGUCAUCGAUGUCCGUCGCCUCGCUGACAACGUCCGUCGUGAAUGGGAGGCAUUGCGACCAGACGAUGUCGUGUUUCUCCUGGCGGUUGAAGCCCCAAAAUCAAAAAAGACGUCGCUUCAAGCGACGGAGACCGAAAAGCUGGGUCUUCGGUCUGUACGAUGUGGCGAAAUCAUACAGAUCCUAGAUGACAAGGGCCGUGCCAUCAGAGAUUCUUCCGCAUACUUUGAUGGCCAUUCGCGGAGCCCGGUGAGAAAAUUCCAGCUCAAGCUGGAUGCCAAAAUGUAUAAAAUCGACCAGCAAAGGGUGUCCGCUGGCAAGCCUGACGUGUAUGAGAGCAUCAAUCUCGUCAUGCGCAGGAGCGGCAGAGAAAAUAAUUUCAAGCCUGUACUGGAGUCGAUCAAGAACCUGACUUUGUCAGAGGUUCCUUUGGCAUCAUGGCUGCAUGAAGUCUUCCUUGGAUACGGCGACCCGGCAGGCGCAUCGUAUAAACAGCUGCCAAACCGUCUCAAAACGGUUGAUUAUCGUGAUACAUUUCUCGACUGGCAACACCUGAUAGAGAGCAUGCCUGGCAAGAUCAUCGAGCCCGGUGAUGAUGUUACUGGUAGCUUCGGGCCACCUUACGUUCUGGAGACUGCGGAGCGACCUGCAGAGCGGCCGCCAUCUAAGCCAUCCAAAAAGAGGCGGAGAGAUGCGGAACCCGCCCUGAUAGCUGAUGUCGAAACUGUCAAGGUCUCGACAUAUAAUCCUCCAAACAACGGACCGUACCCAGUCGAUGCUCCGAAGUUGAACGCCGUGCGCUUCACUCCUGCUCAAAUCGAGGGUAUCUUGUCCGGAACGCAACCUGGACUUACCGUAGUGGUUGGGCCACCAGGAACCGGCAAGACCGACGUUGCAACUCAAAUCAUCAACAAUAUCUACCACAAUUUCCCCGAGCAGCGAACACUGCUGAUAGCACACAGCAACCAGGCCUUGAAUCAAUUAUUCGCAAAAAUAGUGGCUCUUGACAUCGAUGAACGUCACUUGCUUCGUCUGGGCCACGGGGAAGAAGAUCUAGGCACAGAGGGCAACUUCAGCAAACAUGGGCGAGUUGAGUCCUUCCUCGAGAACCGCGAUGGGUAUCUUCAGGAAGUGACUCGUCUAGCUGCCAGUAUUGGGGCCCCAGGAGCACAUGGCAAUUCUUCGGAGACAGCGGGUUACUUCAACUCUGUCUAUAUCCAGCCUGCGUGGUCCAAAUUCUCCGAAUUAGCCACAUCUGAGGAUACCUCAGCGGCGGACAUUGUGGCAGCAUUCCCUUUCCACUAUUACUUCUCUAAUGCCCCCCAACCCCUAUUCCCACCCGAGGCAGACCGUGAGCUGGUCAUGAACAUUGCCAAUGGCUGUUAUCGACACAUUUCUAAGAUAUUCUCCGAGCUUGCCGAUGCUCUUCCUUUCGAGAUCUUGCGACGCGACCGGGAAAAGGCGAACUACCUGCUCACGAACGAGGCACGCAUAGUCGCAAUGACUUCCACGCACGCCGCGAUGAGGCGCGGAGAGAUUGCCCAACUCGGAUUCCACUACGACAAUGUCGUAAUGGAGGAAGCUGCCCAGAUCACAGAGAUUGAGAACUUCAUUCCGCUAGCUAUGCAGAAGCCUAAAGAUGGACAGAUGCCCUUGCAGCGGGUCGUGCUCUGUGGUGACCACUUUCAAAACUCCCCCGUCGUCCAGAAUCUUGCAUUCCGUGACUUCGCAAAUUUGGAGCAGUCCUUAUUUUCUCGCCUCAUUCGUUUGGGAGUACCAGCUAUCACACUCGACCAACAGGGUCGGGCUCGCCCAUCAAUCGCCAAACUCUACCAAUGGCGGUACAACAACUUGGGCAACCUGCCCCAUGUCGAGAGCGCAGAGGAGUAUCUUGUCGCCAAUGCUGGGUUCAAAUACGACUACCAAUUCAUCAAUGUGCCGGACUACAAGGGCAAGGGCGAAGUCGAGCCCACGCCUCACUUCAUUCAAAAUCUGGGGGAAGCCGAGUACGCCGUGGCAAUCUACCAAUACAUGCGCCUGCUCGGGUAUCCUGCCUCCAAGAUCAGUAUCCUUACCACUUACGCUGGUCAGCGGGCACUGAUCAGAGAUGUUCUUGGCCAUCGAUGUGCCCGAAAUCCCAUUUUUGGUCUGCCCAAGAUUGUGACUACGGUCGACAAGUACCAGGGCGAGCAGAAUGAUUACAUCAUUCUAUCACUCACAAGGACCUCGAAGGUUGGCUACCUCCGCGACAUCCGCCGGCUCACGGUGGCUCUCUCGCGAGCAAAGCUUGGCCUGUACAUUCUGGGCCGGCGCGAAAUCUUCGAGGGCUGCUUUGAGCUCCGCGAAGCUUUUGAGCAGCUCCUCAAGCGGCCAGACAAGCUGACCUUGGUAACGGGUGAACUUUGGCCAUCUCAGCGUAAAUUAUCCGAGGAUACAAACGAGACGGUGGCUGGCGAGGCAAUCAUGGAGGGUGUGGAGCACCUGGGCCAGUAUGUAUUUGAAAUGACGAGCACCAAGGUCCAGCAGCUACAAGCAGAGAGGGGACAGUCCUCAAACGCAGAGAUGCAGCAGGUUCUGGAUGCUCAGAAAGAGGAGAUCGAGCCGAUUCCUGAAGAGGACGAAGAGGAUGAGGAGGCGGAGGAGGCGGAAGAGGGUUCCAAUCAGGAGACCGAGGCUGAGGAGCACUGA